AUGAAGUUCCACGGAUUCCGUAGCAACAAGGUCGCGGAGCGUAACAUCGCCAUUGGCGAUAAUCCACCAGCCACGUCUGAGAAUCAGAAUGGCGACGCCGAGAAGAACACUGGUGCCACUGUCGACGAGGAUGGUUCUCUGGAGCAGGUCCCUAGCAGGGACGUUCAAGAAGGUGUGAAGAAGGUCGAAGCCGUCACAUUGACUUGGACGAGGAGCGAAUUGAUCAUGGCAUAUGCCUUUAUCUUUUUGGUCUUUUUCAUGAUCUCUAUGCAACAGCAGAUCCAAUUCAACCUGAGUUACUAUGUAACAUCCUCCUUCGCCUUGCUCCCUUUGACGGGUACCACCUCGAUCAUUUCCAGCAUUGUUGGCGGCGUAUUCAGGCUACCCACCGCUAAGUUCAUCAAUAUCGUUGGACGUGCCGAGGGUUUUGCGAUCAUGACCGGUUUCACUACCAUUGCUCUUAUAAUGAUGGCAGCCUGUCGCAACGUCGAGACCUAUGCAGCCGGGCAAGUAUUUUACUGGGUUGGUUUCAAUGGCAUGACCUAUGUCUUGGACGUCUUCAUGGCGGAUACCUCGAGUCUGAAGAAUCGAGCAUUGGUCUUUGCUUUCUCGACAACCCCAUAUAUCGUUACGACCUUCAUCGGGCCCAGAGCAGCCCAGUCCUUCAUCGAGACAAGUGGCUGGCCUUGGGGUUAUGGCACGUUCGCGAUAGUGACCCCCGUUAUUACGAUCCCUAUUCUUACGCUUCUCUGGGUCAAUCAACGCAAGGCCAUCCGAGACGGUCUCUUGGUCAAAGAGGAGAGCGGACGGACCGUUCGGCAAAGUGUUGCGUUCUAUUUCUGGGAAUUUGAUUUCAUUGGCUUGAUCCUCAUCUGUGCUGGAUUCGUUUUGGUCCUUCUCCCAUUCUCGCUCGCAAGCUACCAGUCGAAAGGCUGGCGGUCUGGAAUGAUCAUAGCCAUGCUGGUGAUUGGAUUUGUCUGCCUCUUUGCAUUUGCCGCCUAUGAGAAAUUCUUCGCCCCCAAAUCAUUCAUCCCUUUCCAUCUCCUGACCGACCGAUCCGCCCUCGGUGCCUGUCUCCUCUCCUGCUUCGUAUUCAUCAGCUUUUAUUUAUGGGACUCGUACUUUUACAACUACCUCCAAGCCGUCCACGGCCUCUCGAUAACCAACGCCGGAUACGUCGCAAACAUUUUUAGUAUCGGUUCAUGCUUCUGGUCCGUCGUCGUCGCGGUGGCCAUUCGGAUAUCAGGCCGCUUCAAGUGGGUAGCCAUGGCGUCCAUGUGUCUUCAAAUCCUCGGCGUGGGCCUAAUGAUCCACUUCCGCCAGGCCAGCUCAGGAAUCGGCUACGUCGUCAUGUGCCAAAUAUUCAUCGCCUUCGGCGGCGGCGCACUCGUCAUUUGCGAGGAAAUGGCUGUAAUGGCCGCAGCACCCCAUGAGCAUGUCGCCACCAUGCUUGCCCUCAUCGCGCUUUUCACCUCUGUGGGCGGAGCUAUCGGCCAGGCUAUCUCAGGCGCCAUUUACACCAAUAAGUUCCCCGCCGCGCUCGAUAGGGCGUUGCCUGGAAACAAGACACUGAAUGCGGAACUGUACGGGAGCCUGCCGACACAACUACUGUAUCCUAUAGGCAGCCCUGAGAGAACCGCGGUUAUUCAUGCGUAUGAUGAGUCCAUGUGGUAUUUGACUAUCGCCGCUACGGUGUUCUUAGUGCCAUGCUUUGGACUAAUUGCCAUUUGGAAGGAUUUCCGUGUUAAGGAUCUGAGACAAGUCAAGGGCCGUGUUGCUUAA